UGAGCUCAGAAGAAAAGGAGGAAGCGGAGAGAGAGCAGCGCAGCGGCAGCUCGUCUACUCUGAAAGACAAGAUAACAAAAACCCAAACAAACCGAAAGCUAACUAUCAGCUGAUCGCAACACCGACCGUUUUAAAUCCUCUGCUCGGAACAACGCGCGAGAAGCGACUUUUGCAACCCCAGAGACGCCAACAACUUGCGUUGGUUAGUUAAAGUAAAAAAAAAAAUAAAGACAGUUGCACAGAUAGUCGGAGAAUGGCAGACUCUGCGGCGGCCAACAGCGACGGGGAGGACGGACCCCGCGAGCCCAUGCGGGGCUUCGCGCGCCAGGGAGCCCUCCGUCAGAAGAACGUGCACGAGGUGAAGGACCACAAAUUCAUCGCGCGCUUCUUCAAGCAGCCCACCUUCUGCAGCCACUGCACCGACUUCAUCUGGGGUUUUGGCAAGCAGGGAUUCCAGUGUCAAGUGUGUUGUUUCGUGGUUCACAAGCGUUGCCAUGAGUUCGUCACUUUCUCCUGUCCAGGUGCUGAUAAAGGACCUGCAUCAGAUGACCCGAGGGCAAAGCAUAAGUUUAAGAUCCACACCUACUCCAGCCCGACCUUCUGCGACCACUGUGGCUCUCUGCUCUACGGCCUCAUACACCAGGGCAUGAGAUGUGACCACUGUAUGAUGAACAUCCACAAGCGUUGUGUGGCCAAUGUGCCGAGCCUGUGUGGGACAGACCACACUGAGAGGAGAGGUCGCCUCCAGAUCACCGCUGAGGUCAAGACUAAUGUACUCACUGUUACCAUUGGAGAGGGCAGGAAUCUGGUUCCUAUGGACCCCAACGGUCUGUCAGACCCCUACGUGAAGCUUAAACUGAUCCCAGAUCCCCGCAGUGAGAGUAAACAGAAGACCAAGACCAUAAAGUGCUGCCUCAACCCCACCUGGAAUGAGACAUUUAAAUUCCACCUGAAGGAGUACGAUAAGGACCGCCGUCUGUCAGUGGAGAUUUGGGAUUGGGACCUGACCAGCCGCAACGACUUCAUGGGAUCACUGUCCUUCGGCAUCUCGGAGCUCCAGAAACAAGGAGUGGAUGGAUGGUUUAAGCUGCUCUCCCAGGAGGAAGGCGAGUACUUCAAUGUUCCCGUUGCUCCAGAGGGGGAGGAGGGCAAUGAGGAGCUACGGCAGAAGUUUGAGAGAGCUAAGAUUGGACCAGACAAGAACAAAGAAGGCAAGGCGGCCAAUGCUGCAUCCCGGUUCGACUCCAAUGGCAACCAAGAUCGCAUGAAGCUGGCUGAUUUUAACUUCCUGAUGGUGCUGGGCAAGGGCAGCUUCGGCAAGGUAAUGCUGGCAGAGCGUAAAACGACAGAGGAGCUGUAUGCUAUAAAGAUCCUGAAGAAGGACGUUGUGAUCCAGGAUGAUGACGUGGAAUGCACUAUGGUGGAGAAGAGAGUGUUAGCGUUGGCUGGAAAGCCCCCGUUCUUAACACAGCUGCACUCCACUUUCCAGAGCAUGGACCGUUUGUAUUUUGUCAUGGAGUACAUAAACGGAGGAGAUCUCAUGUAUCAGAUUCAGCAGGUCGGCAAGUUCAAAGAGCCCCAUGCUGUAUUCUAUGCUGCGGAGAUAGCCAUUGGUCUGUUCUUCCUACAUCUAAAGGGCAUCAUCUACAGAGACCUGAAGCUGGACAAUGUGAUGCUGGACUGUGAGGGUCACAUUAAGAUAGCAGAUUUUGGCAUGUGUAAAGAAAAUAUGACUGAUGGAGUCACUACCAAGACCUUCUGUGGAACACCAGACUACAUAGCUCCUGAGAUCAUAGCCUACCAACCUUAUGGAAGAUCUGUGGACUGGUGGGCCUUUGGAGUAUUGCUCUAUGAGAUGCUGGCUGGGCAGCCUCCAUUUGACGGUGAAGAUGAGGAUGAGUUAUUUCAGUCCAUUAUGGAGCAUCACGUCUCCUAUCCCAAGUCAAUGUCCAAGGAGGCUGUCGCUAUCUGUAAAGGGCUGAUGACGAAGCAUCCAGCGAAACGACUGGGCUGUGGUCCGGAGGGGGAGAGAGACAUCAGGGACCACAGCUUCUUCCGCUACAUGGACUGGGAGAAACUGGAGAACAAGGAAGUGCAGCCGCCAUUCAAACCUAGAGCUAGAAACCGUCGGGACACCUGUAAUUUUGACAAGGAGUUCACCAAGAUGCCGGUGGACCUGACGCCGACAGACAAGCUCGUCAUCAUGAACCUGGACCAGGACGACUUCCUUGGCUUCACCUACACUAACCCUGAAUAUGUGGCUCCUGGAAAUUAACACACACUAGCCACACUGAUGGACUGGUAGAAAAGAUUUUUCAGAGCAGAUAGGAGGGCAAACUAGCACUAAAAGUCUACUUAUUUUGUUCAGUAAGUUCAGUAAAUGUUUGCAUUUCUUUUAGGCCAAUAGGGGUUUGUCCAAUACUUCAGCACAAGAACGGUAUCACAACAUCAAAUUUGCACAAAAACCUGGAUACCAAAGAUUUGAAGUAUUGUGUCAAAAAUGACCCUCUGUGUCAAAUGUGCUUUUUAUACAGGACAAUAUACAUGCUAGAUUUAUGGAAAAAUAUAAAUUCAAAAAGACCACAAUUGAUUAUUUAUUUAUUAUAUUAUUAUGUACACAACGCAUUACAGUGAUAUGGCAGCCCAGCUCUUGCUUGCCGGCUGAACAAGAACUCCCUUUUCUUAAUUUUAUGCCAGAAUUAUAUAUAUACAUGUAUUUUCUUCUCUGUUUAUGGCAUUAGUCAGCUCAAAUCUACACCAAACCUAAACUAUUUUCACUUUUCCUAAUUAAAGUAUUGUGAUAUGUUCUCUAGUGUUGCUCCACACGUUUAACUUCAUCAUUGUGUCAUCUCAAACCAAACCAUGCAAGGCGAGUAACUAAUCACUGAAAUGUUAAACAAAUCUGAAUGGAUACAAGCAGCAGUGUCAGUCUAUGGGGUGUGGUUUGCCUGGUGCAGUUAAAAUGACUGUGUGAGUAAUGUUGAAAGAAGCUAUGUCUUUUAAACAUGGCACAGUCAUUCCCAUCCUAAUUUUGAGUUUUGAGUCCCCUGUCCACACAUUGAUAAAUGUAGACAUAGAGAGAUGGGACCAAACAAACAGGAAAUAUACCUUGGUUGUUUCUAGUGAAUGUUUUGUUGCCAUUAAAUGAUGUUAUCCUUUUUAUAUAUUUGAUCUUGUUACUACCCUCAUCACUCAUAUUUAAGAGUAAUAAUGAUACAUUUCUGAAGUCCUAAAACGGCAUCCACAUCUGCAUCCACAGUGUCAGCAGUAUCUUCUGCAGCCAUUUUCCUAGAAGUACACAGGCUUUGCCUCCACUGAUAGCUAACUUAGAAUGCACCGUGAGUAGAGCUGCUGUGUAUCAGUUCAAUUUGUGUGUCUUGACCAUUGUUGCCUGUUUUAACCAGCCUGUGCACUGUCAUGGUUUGCACUGUGCAAGUGCUGACACACACUCUGACUGAGCGUCUCACACUGGGCCAUCAGAGAGAAAUAUGCCUAAUGAGCAAACUUCACAGCCUGUCAAAUCUUUUCGUCCUUCUUGUCCUCCUUUUUCUUCUUUUGGCUCUUGCCUUCUCCUUUCUCCCUUCCCCCAUUCCCCACGUUCUCUCUCCUUUAUAUUUAUUUUUGUUUUGGCUCUAAUCCGUACUUCUGACAAGGCCUCACUGGGAGCCUAAUAUGACGUGGUGUCACAGGGUCGGCGAUGCGGCAGUCACUAGUGGAGCAUGCACACAUACACACACACAGGCAGAUACACACAGAGAAUGAGAAGCCGCUUUCACAACCCCCAAGUGAGCGAUUUCACAAACAGCAAUAAUAACAAGAGCAAUGCUGUUUUUCUCAAUUCUUUAUUUUGCACUUCCUUCCUUCUCACCCAUGUGUGUAUGUUUGUAUUAGUGCUGUGUUUUGCGUGCAUAAACAUAUGUAUGAACAUUUUUGUGUGUGCGUGGUUUAUAAGGCUUCAUUGGAUAAAGCCAAUUAUUUCAAAUUCAGCAAAUCUGCCUUCCAGCUUCAAACCACAUUACAUCCCUAUACUGUACACACACACACACACACACACACACACACACACACACACACACACACACACACACAUACACACAUACACAAGCGUAACAAGGCGGACAAUGACUGUGAAAUGUUCGCUCCUGGAGGCACACAAGACAUAUACUGUAGGUCCAUUACACAGGCCUAGAAUGUUUCCCCUUCUCUAAACAGCACAACAGUACCGUCAUGUAUAGCCUACUAUAAGUACAUAUGCAUAUAUUGUACAUAUUUAUAUAUAACCAUAGACAAACACACAGGAUCCUUCCAAACUCACUGGAUCUGACUCUGCAGUCCUGUUCUUUUGUUUAGAUGUUGUAUAAUGUUAAAUAUAAAAGAAUAAUUUGUGUUUCGGCCUCUCUCAAGCGUAGAGCUGUGUAUUGCUCAGGUCAAGGGUGUUAAUAUCUCCUAAUGUUAAUCACGCCUACUCUUAACAUCUGCUGUUGGGAGUCGUAGACCCUGAAGCCUUUAAUAGCACUCGACAGCUGUAUCUACCUGUGUGUGUGUGUGUGUGUGUGUGUGUGUGUGUGUGUGUGUGUGUGUGUGCGUGCGUGCGUGCGUGCGUGCGUGUGUAACUGUGCAUGCAUGUAAUUCAGUAUGUUAAGAACUGUACAAUUUAAUAUACAAUAAGUAUUCAAAUCUUAUUAGAAAUCUCUCUUUUUGGCAAAGACUGAAGCUAAAAGCAGACCUGAGGGAGCCAACAUGAAAUGAGAACUACCGCACAUCUACAGUAACACAUAUAUAAACUCCUCAUGACACUCCGUUCUCAGUGUUUUAAGAACCCAAUCAUCAGUUCUGGUUAUGUUAUGGUGUUGAAAAUCCCACAUCAGGACUAUAAGGAAUUAUACUAUGCAUGCAUGUGAUGAUCUCUCUCUCUCUCUCUCUCUCUCUCUUUCAUAUCGUGUACCACAUGAUAUGGAUGUAUCCUAUAUUAAGUGUUGAUUGAUAGACUGGUGUGUGAUAAUUACUUUAUUAGACAAUAGGGUUUAAUUUAUGAUAAAAGUAUGUCUCAUGCCAUUGUUACCUAUUUAUGAAAUAUUAUACAAUGUUCAUGUUCUGCUUCAUUUGUACAUAUAUACAUAUUUUUCAAGUCUUUAGAGGUAAGAGUUUUCCAUUUCCAUAAUUACAUUUAUACACAGAGACGUUUAUGUGUUUAGUGGUAAAAAAAAAAUAUAUAUAUAUAUAUAUAUAUAUAUGAGUUGCAAUAGAAAACAAAAAACUUUCUGAGGACUAAAAUAUAAUGACAUUUUACAUCAAAAAAUACCUGUUUAACCUUCUAGCCACCCACUCAUACAAUGUCAUAGUUUAUGCAGGGGGAACAGUAAUGGCCUAAACGUGUGCCAACUCAUUCUCUUUUCUUUACUCCUUUUUUUCUUUCCGACCUUUUCUUUGAUCACGCCUUUCCAUCUGUCAUUUUAUUUUUUCUUCUGACCUUUCCCUCUCCUUCUUCCUCUCCCACUCAGCUUCCUCAUUGUCUUUUCUUACCUCAUUUUCUUUUCUCUUGACCUUUAUCUCUCUCUAUAGGCUUUUUUCUUCUUGGCUCACCCUCUCCACCAUUUUCCUCUCCUCUCUUCUCUUCAAGAUCCAUUUCCCGCUUGUUUUCAUUUUCUUACUUCCCUCUUUCUUGUCUCCAAUCCGGUCUUUAUCAGUAUCCUCUCAUUAUCCCUGAUUUGUCCCAUACAGCUUCCCUUUAUAUAUUCUCCCUUUUUCUCUUGCAGUCUGUAGCCUUGCCAAGGCUACUUGACAUUACACUUGAAAUCUGAUGAGUUAUUAGUACAAUUUAAAUUUGAUGCUUGCCUCAUGAACUUAUUUCUGCUUUGAUUUCAGCCGGGCUUACGUGCUAAACAACAAAUAGCCUAGUUUAACAAUAACCUGAAGAUAAUUGCAAAAAGAGUAAGAAUGUGUUUUGUGAGAUAGUUUACAAUAAGAAAAUGUGUAUUGUGGUGUUUUCGAUUGUAGAAUAAUAAAUCAUGUUGAAAGAU